AUGAAGACGUUAACAAUUUCAUUAGUUUUAUUCCUCGCACUUGCUGCACAAGCUACUGUAGUUGACAUUAUUAAAACAGACGAGCGAGAUAAUGUUGAUUGGUGGGAAAAUGGAGUUUUUUAUCAAAUCUAUCCAAGAUCAUUUAAAGAUUCAAAUAAUGACGGAACUGGUGAUAUUAAAGGAAUUACGUCAAAACUUCAACAUUUGAAGGAUUUGGGAGUUACUGGAACAUGGCUCAGUCCAAUUUUCGACUCUCCAAUGGUUGAUGGUGGAUAUGACAUCAGAAAUUACACAAAAGUCAAUUCAAUCUAUGGAUCAAAUGAUGAUUUAGUCGAAUUAUUUGCAGAAGCUAAGAAACUUGAUUUGAAAAUUAUUCUUGAUUUUGUCCCCAAUCAUUGCAGUAAUCAACAUCAAUGGUUCAUUAAUUCAGCAAAUCGCGUUCCUGGCUAUGAAGAUUAUUUUACAUGGAGAGCAUGUCCUGUAGAAAAUGGCAAGCGAAGACUUCCAAAUAAUUGGAUUGCCGUGUUCAAUACGCCUAUGUGGUCUUAUGAUCCUCGCCGAGAUGAAUGCUACUUGCAUCAAUUCACAAAGGAGCAACCGGAUAUUAACUUCCGCAUGGAGAAUGGGAAGACUAAACAAGAGAUGUUGGAUGUCCUGACGUUCUGGAUGGACCAAGGCGUUAACGGUUUUCGUGUUGAUGCUAUCAAUCAUAUGUUUGAAUCACCAGCUUAUACUAACCAAGUCUUACUUGAGGAAGGACUUGAUCCAAAUUUGUAUGGCAAUUACGACAACAGAUACACAAGAGAUUUGAGAGAAUCCUACGAGUUCAUCUACUCAGCUCGUGAACAUUUAGAUAAAUAUGCUAAAGCCAAUGGAAAUGUCACAAGAGUCCUUAUGACUGAAGCCUACGCAACAAUCCCACAACAAACUCAAUGGUAUGGAGUUAAUGACACACUCCGUGGUUCACACAUUCCUUUCAACUUUGGAUUUAUUGCUGAUAUCACAGCUAAUUCUAAAGCUGAAGAUUUCAAGAAAGUUGUUGACGAAUGGAUGGGUAAUAUGCCAUCGUUCACAAUGGGACAAGCAAAUUGGGUGCUUGGAAACCACGACAGAUCACGACUUCGAUCACGCUAUGGUGAUGAUAGAUAUGAAGGCUUAGCAAUUAUGUCAAUGACGUUACCUGGUGUUGCUAUAAUCUACUAUGGCGAAGAGAUUGGAAUGGUAGAUAAUAACGAUAUCACUUGGGAAGAAACAGAAGAUCCACAAGCAUGUCAAUCAAACAGCUCAGUAUACAAGGAUUUCACUCGUGAUCCAGUACGUACACCAAUGCAGUGGGACGAUUCACCUUUGGGAGGGUUCUGUGAAAGUUGCAAGACAUGGUUGCCAGUUAGUCCAAGCUUUACAGACAUUAAUGUUAAGAAACAGACAGGAGAUGAAACGAGUACAUUUGCACUCUAUAAAAAUCUCAUUGCUUUAAGAAAAGAGAAGGAUGUUCUUAAAUUCGGUGGACUGUCCACAAAAGUCAUUGCUGAUGGAGAUGUUUUUGCUUUCGAAAGAACAAUUAAGGAUAAUCCAUCAAUUGUCACUCUUCUCAAUUUAAGCAAAGAUAGUAAGACAGUAAAUUUGGCAGAUCUCUUUAAUGCUGACGACGUCAGUAGCAAGACAAAGGCAACUGUUUUGAUAUCCAACAAUAGAUCAGAAUUAAAGAAGGGCAAUACUUUCUCAAACAUUAAUAGCAUUACAAUCGGAGGAUAUGAUGGUGUUGUCUUUGAAGUGUCAUCUGCUAUGAGAAUUGCUACAAGUGCUUUGUAUCUUGUUGCUGCUUUCUGGGUUGCUGUUAAGUUUGUGUUUUAA